CAAGUAGGUUAGCGCCGGGCGCGAGGCCUCACAGAGCGGACCCGGGCGCCCCCUGGCGGGCGUGGGGAAGGCGCGGGGCUGGAGGCGUGCGCUGCCUGCCGUCCCACGUCGGAGAGCAGUGCCCCAGGCUGCAAGCGGCACCGAGAUGUUGCGCGGCGGCCAAGUCCGCACUGGGACAACCAUCAUGGCAGUGGAGUUUGACGGAGGUGUUGUGGUGGGUUCUGAUUCCCGAGUGUCUGCAGGAGAGGCGGUGGUAAACCGAGUGUUUGACAAGCUGUCCCCGCUGCACCAACACAUCUUCUGUGCACUCUCUGGCUCAGCUGCUGAUGCCCAAGCCAUGGUUGACAUGGCCGCCUACCAACUGGAACUCCACGGGUUGGAACUGGAAGAACCUCCUCUUGUUCUCGCUGCUGCCAACGUGGUGAGGAAUAUCAGUUAUAAGUAUCGGGAGGACCUGUCUGCACAUCUCAUAGUAGCCGGCUGGGACCGACGGGACGGGGGCCAGGUGUAUGGAACCCUGGGAGGAAUGCUGACUCGGCAGCCCUUCACCAUCGGCGGCUCUGGGAGCACCUAUAUCUAUGGUUAUGUGGAUGCAGCGUAUAAACCAGGCAUGUCGGCUGAGGAGUGCAGGAGCUUCACCACGAAUGCUAUCGCUCUGGCCAUGAACCGGGAUGGCUCUAGUGGGGGCGUCAUCUACCUGGUCACUAUUACAGCUGCUGGUGUGGACCAUCAAGUAAUCUUGGGUGAUGAGCUGCCGAAAUUCUAUGACGAGUGAAUCUUCCUCAGACCUCCCUUCGUCAUUUUGUAAUAAACUCUUUCAGACCAGAA